AUGGCGUCCGAGCAGCAGCAGCAGCAGCAGCCUCAGCAGCAGCUGGACGCGCUUCAGUUGGUCCUCUCAGCCGUUCGAUCUAGCCCAUCCGAUCCCCUAGCACCCUUCACUCUCCUCGAUGCCGCCGGAUCGCGGGUAGACGCCGUCACACAGGCCGAGACCGUCCAGAUCGCCUCUCCGUCAUCUGCGGAGCCCAUCCGCCUCAGCAAGACGCAACCGACGCGACUCGCACGCUCCAAAGAGACGCUCGCAUCCCGCCUCUCUGCUGGCUCCGCGCCGUCCUCGCCAGACGCCGAGCCCGAUCUCUUCUUCAGCGUCGAGGCGCUCCUCCUGGCGCUCCAGCUGCGCGACGAGAGGGCCGGCGCCUACCUCGCACAAGCCGCCUCUGCCCGCGUCGCAUCCAUCCCUGCUCUCGACCGAAAUGGCAUCCUCGACUUCCUUCUCGGCAAGCGGUCCGAAUGGCCCGGCGUGCUGCCACCUGGUGGUGCUGCUGCCAUCGACGCGGCUGGCACAGCGGGCGGGGACGCUGGAGCGGCCGGGGCAGCUGGACAGGCGCCAGGCCAGACUGCAUCGGCCGGCGUCAAGCGGGCGUAUGUCCCCGAUCGGGCCGACAUCGACUUCGUCAAGCGGCUCAGGAGCACCUACGAGGUGGUGCUCAGGACGCGCAACGACGCGCUUCGAGGCAACGCCGCCAGCCAGAACGGCGGCGCCGCCGUCAGCCGCAUCGGCAGCACCAAGAACACCGACUUCUCCGCGUUCCGCAAGGAGUUUGCCGCCAAGCUCGACGCGGCCCGAAAGGCGGGCGGCAGCGCCGGGCGGGGCGGGCCGGGGUCGUCGGCGUCGUCGAGGCUGCCCGUGCCGUCGGGCGUCGUCGGGCGGCCGACGGCGGAGGCGGCGAGCGGCGCGGCAGGAGUCCACUCAUUGUUCACUUCCUAA